AUGGGCAUCGAUGAGUAUGAGGUUCAAGGACAGGAUCAACAUCCAAGGAAAGACACUAGCGGGAACGAAGUCGAAUACAGAAAUCUGCGGGGCUGCGUCAACGAUGUACUCGCUAUUCGGGAAUACCUCCUCCGUACCUUGAAAGUUCCUGCUGGCAAUAUUGAUACACUACUCGCGCCUGUUCCAGGUACCACGAGCCCGUACGAACAGAGCAGUGAGGUUCACAAACUACCGACGUACAAGAAUAUCGUUGGCACCUUACAGAAUCUUGCUCGGACAUCUGCCGCAGGGGAUAUUAUCUACAUCCACUAUUCUGGACACGGAGCGUGUGCUACGACAGUUUUCGAAUCUCUGCGACAGGGCCACGGAAACAUUGAUCAUUGUCUUGUGCCCUGGGAUAUCAAACAGGGUGGCAAAUACCUCAGGGAUCUGGAACUCGGCGCUCUCUUGCAGGACAUCGUUGCAAAGGAUGUGGUCCUUACAGUGGUACUCGACAGUUGCUUCUCCGGCGGUGCGGUGCGGGGUGAAGAUGAUGACGAAGAAGUUGAAGGGGUCCGUGGCGUUCGGGGCACUUACCAGUCGGACCAAGAGAUCGAUGUUCCUGACAACAUGGCUAGAGUGCAACAUUGGGCUGGCAAGGCUUCCUGGCUGGAAUCACCGAGCGGAUUUGUGACUCUCGCUGCCUGCCUUGAUUACCAAAAGGCAAAGGAAUAUCCCUGCAGAACAGCCACCGACAUUUACAGGCACGGGUACCUCUCCUAUUGGCUGUUAGAUACGCUUCGAAACACAUCUACACGGCUGUCUACUCGUGCCAUUUACGAUCGAGUCCGUUCAAAGAUAGCGGAACUGGUGGUCUCCCAAACGCCUUUCAUCAUCGGGGAUAUGCAUCGGUUCUUCUUCGACGAGGCUUUCAGGUCUAGAGUUCAUACCCUCACAGUACUUCAAGUGGAGAAGCAAAGGCAGCAGCUGCGCUUAGAUGGUGGCAGAAUGGAUGCAGUAUACAAACAUUCCGUCUAUGCCAUUCUUCCUCUCCACUUCGACCCCGCAAUGCCGAUAUCAGAAUCAGACAUUCUCGCAAAAGUACGGGUCGAACAAAUGAAAUCGCGAGAGUGCCGUGCUGUCUUUCUUCAGCCACAAAGCAUUACGGAAUCACAAUGGCAAGAGCUUGAAGUUGGAUGCCCAGCCGUAUUGCAAAGCCUACCGCUAGGAGGAACUGCCGGAGUCCGAUUCAUCCCUGCCAAUGGCACCCCAGCUCUCCAAUUUGAACACGACUGGCACCAUAGCCUGAAAGGGAAGGAAAAGCUGUACUUAUCGAAUGACGACGACGCUCAAUUCCAAAUCCAAUUGGAUCAUGACGAUCUCUAUCGGAUUAAGUGCGUUGGGGACAUUUUCCCUGACCAUAUCUCCAAAACGCUGACUUCGCUUACUGGCAAUGAGAGCAUGUCCAAGCUCAUCUCCCGCCUAGAGCACAUAACCCGGUUCAAACUGUUGAAAGGCUUAGAGAAUCCACACAUUCGUCUUGGCAACCUCCCAGACCUGGCCUAUGUCACUCUUGAGCCUUCGCCAAACGGUCGCGAACACGUUGUGGACGAGGACACCGAUGACUCAAUUUGGUUACCUGCAGCUCAGAGCGUGGAACGGCAGCGAGACGGCGUAUAUCGUGUGCAACAAAAGGAAUUGUUCCGUUUUAAAGUCACGAACAAUUCCAAAGAUACCAUCGGUUGCGUCAUCCUGAAUUUCAAUCCUGAAAUGGGAAUUUCGAUCAUGCACUCAAACGUGUUCUACAGUAUUGCGCCCCAUGACCAACUCAAUGUAGAUCUCUUUGUAGAGAUUUCGGAUACCUUGCAGGCUGCUGCAGCACGCGAAAUCCCGAUUGUGGACACGUUCAAGAUAUUCGUAUCUAUGCCAGAGAAAGAUCUGAGCGCGAUGGCGUUACUGAAAUUACGAGUCGCUGAGGAUGAAGGUUACUGGAGAGGAAACGAGUCAGCUGAGGAUCUGGACGAUCUCCUGCAAGAGCUAGCACCUCUUUGUCGCGAUGGUGCAUUUCCCCUUUCAAAACAGCCAAAGAUGGACGACGAUUGGCAAACAUUUGAUUUCCAUGUUCAGGCGCUGGUACAAUAG